AUGUUAAAUGAAUUUCGAUAGAUACACUCGAACACCUCAAAUGUUGCCAAAAAUGUGGGCAUUCGAUGUGCAUGCAGUGUCUCAAGGAGUCGUGUAAGAUCAUCUGUCCAGAAGAUGGGUACCAUAUCUCAAUUUACCAGAUUGCUCUAACCUGCAGAUCUCUCACUCUAUCCAAUUAACCAAGCUGUUUUGAGAAUCAUCUGCAAAAGCCAGGAUAACGAUUUGGCAUAGAACCAAGACAAAUUGCAAUAGUGUCCCCAACACCACAAACUGCUUGAGCUUAUUUGUAUAGAUGACAAGUGCAGAAUUUGUUCAAAUUGUGCCUUGUUCGGUUUGCACAAGCAACAUAACAUUCAAAAUGCUGAAUCUCUGGAUAAAUCCAUACACGAAAACCUCCAAUACACUCAGCAGUUGACUCACACCAUACAAGACAAACUCAAAUUACUCAAGUUGCCCCUCAUCAACAAGAAGAUACACGACUAAAUUGGACUUUGUAUAAAAUAAUAAUAAACUCUUGCUGAAGAACAAUUCAAAGUAUCUUACACCAAUAAUUCUGAGGAAAUCAUCAAUUAAAUACUCGCCAAAUAGCAGAAAGUACUAGAAGAGAUCGAAUAGAAGUAUAAGCUGUUAGAAGAUCAAUUUUUCAAAAAGGAGAUUCUUACUAUUACUUCCAUUCUUGAUAAAGCUGAUUUAUGGAUACUUGGUUCCAAUCAAAAAAUCCAAGAAUAUCAAUCAACCAAAGUAAAAGGAGAUAUUCCCUACACUUUGCUGCUCCAAGACUCUUCAAAUAAACAAGGUAAACAAAUCCUUGAAGAAAUCGAUGAGUAUCUACUCAAAUUCCAAAACAAUCUUCAAGACAUUGUCUCUGCUAUACCCUGUGCCAAUCAAUAUGAAUAAACCUAUUUCGAUGAGCCUAAUAUACUCAAAGAUCUAUCUAUAAUAGAGUAGAGUUUCCUAAAAGAAAUCGAUGAAAAGCCACCUCACAAUGAAUUCCUAGGAUCGUCUCUGCCAGAAUCUACUUGUCAGUCUCAACCUUCUUCCAACAAUAUCUCUUAGAAUGCCAUAAGUCCACAAUAGCCGCAUUAAAAAAGGGCGUCGCAAUAAUUCGCUUUAGUUUCGCCCAAGGUAUAAAGUAGACAACAAUCUGCUUCUCCCAAGAAACCGGCAGCUAAGAAAAAGUUAAACACCAAGGUGGAAUCCAUUUUAUUCAACUGUAAUGGCGAUUAUCUGGAUUUAUCACAACAAGAUCUUGGAGACGACGGAAUUCUGAUAUUAGAAGAGUAGAUAAGGAACAAGAAGGUGAAGAUAGUGAAAUUGAUGAGAAAUCGGAUAAGUGAUGUUGGUGCUAUUAAAUUGAUGGAAUUGCAUUGUUAAGUGUUAUACUUAUAAUCUAAUGUAAUUACGGAAAAGUUUUUGGAUAUGAUAAUGAAUGCUAUACAAAAGCAGAUUCAAAUUCACAUCAAAACUGUAUAUUUGGGUCAGAAUCUCAUCAAUUAAUUUAGAGUGAAAAAGAAGAUAGAAGAUCUCAAAAAAUUAGGAAUUUCAAUUUAAAUAUGA